AUGUCGGAGCCUCUACGUGCUGCUCCAUUGUCAGACGAUGCGACUCAAGAUCGCAGCGUGAUGGACAGUGAGCAUGGUCCCGGACCCCGCCAUUCAUCUCGUCGACCACCGCUACGGGCUCGCCCACAGUCCUGGCAUCCAUAUGGGCCGGUAGAGCCACCACUGGAAGCGACUUCGUCAAGGGCUAUUGGGGUACACUCUAUCCUAAAUCCGCCAGCGCAGACAAUGGAAGCGGCGGGCAGUCGGGAUCUACGCAGUCUGUCUGGAACAGCUUCGCCUCGACCACGGAAGGGUUCUUCACCUGCUCCUCGUUCUAUGCACUCUCUGCAACAACCACUAUCUCCCAGAUCUAUUGGACGGCCGGGCAUAAACCCUGGCUCACCAUCAGCACGGUUUGUGGGUGGUGGGAGGAGUGGACAAUCGAGUGUUACUCACUCACCAUUAGUUCCUAAUGAGCCUCUGGGUAUGCGUCAGACUCCUACUAGCCCUCCUCUGCCUCUGGAUUCGGCACUACGCCCCAUUACUUCAUUACCAGGCACUCAACCACCCGUGACAGCAUCUUUACACUCUACGCCCAGCCUUCAUUCGCGACGGACUAGUGCAGGACCGGCACCACUGACAAACCGCGCGUCCCAGGAGACGAGUCCAACCACACCCCAUUCAACCUACAAUCAUCUUGGACGUGGAUCUCCAGCCAUCACCAUGGCCUCCAUACCAGCAAGUGUCACCCAAUAUGCAGCAGUACCAGCUCCCUACAUGACAAUGGAAGCCAUGGCUAGAGGCGUACCCGCAACAGCCGGACCACGCAGUCUGGUUGAAGACACCGGAGCAAGAGUGGCAAGCCCGGUACCAGGUACGCCAGGCAGCACAACCUCGAUAGGUGGCCUAAUACCAUGCGUCAUGGACCUUAAAUCCGGAUCCAGCAGUCAGGCCGAAAAGCGCAAAGCAAACAGUGAUGCCUCUCGCCGUUUUCGAAACCGCAAGCGAAACGAGGUACAACUGGAGCAGCGGCUUUCGGCACAACAAGAUGAGAUCCGUCGUCAAAGUGAGGAGAUUCGAUCUCUCAUCCACCAGCGAGAUCAUUAUAGAGCUGAGCGUGAUUUCUUUCGCGAACAAGUUGGUCACUCGACCUCUCUGAGCUCGUUACCACCGAGACCGCCGUCGCCACGUUCGGCGCCCUCUGCUUCGCUUCUGCCUGCUCCGACUGAAACGGCCCCUGCCUCAUCGAGGCCACAGGGAAGUUGGCCAGGGACACCGGGCCCAUCACCAUAUGCAUCUAUGCCUCAUGGCACUGCCCCGUCUUUAGGGAGGGAUGUGGCGGCUUCUGGACCACCGGUUGCUGGAGGGCCUUUGCCGCCGUUUCAGGGCUCAUGGCCUCGGCCUUAA